UUCCAGUUAUAUGAAAGGUGUGGUAGAGUUUACAUAUGAUGUGGUUCAUGAACUUCAUGCUUUUGGGGGAGAGGGAAAUUCUAUCUUCACAACUUUUUCCUUCUAGAUCUUAACAUGUUCUAACUACUUAAGAAAGUUGCCUAAAUUAUAUUACCAAAUUUGAUCCUAAAGGAGUCUGUGUUUUGCUAGAUAUUGCUAUAGAGAGAGCAUGAGCUACAUAGUUUCAAUGUUGUUCGAAGUCAUUACCAUCCUUCUCAUUCUUCCUUCACGUGUGAAAUGUUCAGAAGCACAUACCUGGAUCAAAGCCGGUUACUGGUACUCCGGUAGUGAAUCCCCCGUUCCUGACAUAAAUUCUGCUCUGUUCACGCACCUCGUUUGUGCUUUUGCAUUUAUCAACUCUUCAACCUAUCAACUCUCUAUCAACGCCUCAGAUGAACCUUACUUCUCCACCUUCACAGACAUCGUCAAGCAAAAGAACCCAGCCAUUAUAACAAUUCUAUCCAUCUGGGCAAACUCUUCAGACUUUAACUCAGUGCUUAGUCAAUCUUCCCAAAGACGUUCUUUCAUUGAGUCUUCCAUAAGAACAGCCAGGCUUCAUGAAUUUCAAGGCCUGGAUCUUCUCGGUGUUGAUCCCCGCACAACCAAAAACAUGACCGGUGUAGGAACUCUCCUCGAUGAAUGGCGAACAGCUAUAAAUUCUGAGUCAAAAAAGUCUAGCCGAUCCCAAUUGGUCCUGACAAUGGAAGGUUAUUACUUGCCUGAGGUGGACUCCAUGAGUUACCCGGUAGAAUCAAUUCAGAGGAAUGUGGACUGGUUACAUGUCAGAUCAUUUGAUUAUCAUUUGCCUUGGAGGGAAAAUUCUACAGGUGCUCAUGCUGCUUUAUAUGACCCCUCAAGCCAGAAAAAUACUGAUUAUGGUAUAAAGGAGUGGAUCAAUAGAGGAUUACUGGCUAGCAAGCUGGUUUUGGGCUUAGCAUUCCAUGGCUAUGCAUGGACACUUGUGAGUUCCAAAGAUAAUGAAAUUGGUGCACCAGCCAGAGGCAUGGCCAUUACAGCAGAUGGAUCCAUGAGCUACAAGUACAUCCAGAACUACAUUAGAAGCUACGGAGUUGCUCCAGUAUACAAUGCAACUUACGUAGUGAAUUACUGCACCAUUGGAUCGUUCUGGAUUGGCUUCGAUGAUGUGCAGGCCAUUAGAACUAAGGUUUCUUAUGCAAAGGACAAAGGGCUUCUUGGUUAUAGCGUAUGGCAAGUUCCCCAAGAUGACAACUGGGUGCUCUCUAGGGCAGCUCAAGAAGAGGAAGUAAACAACGAUCAUCCAAACAAGGGACGGCUAUUAGCAAUUAUGUUGCCUACAAUUGCUAUAAUCACUCUUCUACUAGCUACCAUGAUGUGCUACUUGCGAAGGAGAGUUUUCAAGUGGAAAGGGAUAUUGAGUCCAAGAAGAAAGUCACCGUAUCCUAAUCUGCAAGUAUUCAGUUAUGCUAAUAUCAAAGCAGCUACGAAUAACUUUUCAAGUAAAAAUAAGCUUGGACAGGGUGGAUUUGGACCUGUUUAUAAGGGUAAACUACUGGAUGGACAAGAAAUAGCAGUGAAAAGACUUUCAGAAACUUCUAAACAAGGACUGGAGGAAUUCGAAAAUGAGGUUACACUUACAGCAAAACUACAACAUGUCAAUCUAGUCAAACUUUUUGGAUUUUGCACUGAAAGGGAAGAAAAUUUGCUGAUCUAUGAGUACAUGCCGAAUAACAGCUUGGAUACCUACCUCUAUGAUCCAGUCAGACGGCUUCUGUUAGAUUGGGAGAAACGAGCUCAUAUCAUUGAAGGGCUUACUCAAGGGCUUCUAUAUCUCCAAGAAUACUCGAGGUUGACAAUAAUUCAUAGAGAUCUGAAAGCUAGCAACAUUUUACUGGACAAUGAGAUGAAACCUAAAAUAUCUGAUUUUGGUAUAGCUAGAAUAUUCCAAAAAGAUGAACUUGAAGCAAACACAGGCCGGAUUGUUGGAACAUAUGGUUACGUUCCUCCCGAGUAUGUAAAAGGAGGUAUAUACUCAACAAAAUACGAUGUUUACAGCUUUGGAGUUCUUCUCUUGCAAAUAAUAAGUGGCAAGAAGAAUACAUGUCUGUAUGGCCUUUACAAAAAUUUAAAUCUUCUAGAAUACGCAUAUGGACUCUGGAAAGUUGGUAAAGGCAUGGAAUUUAUGGAUCCAUCACUAGAUGAUACAUACUCGACAUGUAAACUCUUGAGAUGCAUGCAGGUGGCUUUAUUGUGUGUCCAAGAAAAAAGGGCAGAUAGGCCGUCCAUGUUGGAAGUUUCUUCAAUGCUCAAAAACGAAACUGACACUGUGCCUACUCCAGAAAGACCUGCUUUUUCGAUAAAUAAAGAUGAAGAUGAAAGCAAGGUCAGAUUGCAGGAAGAAAUUUGUUCAGUUGACGUUGCAACAAUCACCCAACUUAAACCCCGAUGAAAGUUCUAGCUUUCAUGAGAUUUGAUCAGAUGGUUGCUGUUAUGUUGGGAAUUACAUGUUCGUAUGAUUGAACGGGUAACCCAAUGGCUUGAAGAAUCCCAAGAUAUAAAACUUUGGUAUGGCGAAAAAGAUAAAAUGAAGCAAAAUGGGCUGGAUUGUCGGAACAUAUUAAGUAAACUGCUUCUCAAAGCUUAACCAUCGGAAAAUGUUGCCUCUCAAAGCUAUCAAAUCCAUAUGUUAUUGCUAAAACGUAUAGCAUUUAUUAACUCGUGCAAUGUAGGGGUUGAGGGACUGAGGCACUCCUAAAUAUGUAAAAAAGAGGGAUAUACUCCACCAAGAUACAAUGCUUAUAGCUUUGGUGGUUCUACUGGGGCAUAUCAUGAGGCAAGAUGAAUACAUGCCUUCAAGUUUAUCGUGAAAACUUAAAUUCUCUAGAAUUUGUAAAUUACUUUGACAAAGACGGUAAAGGCAUCGAGUUUAUGGAUCCACCAUUAAACGAUACAUCUACAUCAUGUAAUCUCAUGAGAUGCACAAAAAACAGGGCUGAGCUUUUGGGAUUAUGAAGUGAUGAUAAUGUGUGCUAUACAAUAUGUUGCGUGUUUGAUGUUUUAUGUAUUGGGUUUUAGCAUGUAUAUAAACCGGUUUACACUUUACAGUAUAUUUUUAUUUGGUUUCGGUAUACAAAUUUUUUUAAUGGUGUGCAUGAAAAUACAAUGAUAACCAAAUGCCUUAAGAAAAAGAAACAAAAAAAAAAUUAUAAUGAUAACCAAGAUAUUCUAUAAAUGUCCUUGUAAUCUUUAAUGUUCAAGACGUUAACCAUUCAUAGAAAAAGUAGAUUAGCAGCAAUGCAAAGAAAAAGAAAAAUCAGAGUAUUAGUAGGAAUUAUGAGGUGUGUUGUUGAUAUGUAGAUAUCCAAUCUGGGUUUCUCAUAGGCAAAUUCACAAACAUGUUGUGCCCAACGAAAAAGACAUAAAUCAAAGGUGCGACGGCACUCACUGACUUGUAGAGGAUUUCAAACGGCAUCGAAUUGCGACCAGGUCGAGGCAUUGCACAUGGCUUUGGUAUGGUCGAGUCAAUUGAUAAAGUGGGCUUCGCCAUGUUCUCCUAUUUCUCUAUCAACGUCUGUCGUUCCAUCAUUUUCACAUUCUCUUUCUAGUUUCUACUUUCUACAAAUGAAAAAAAAAAAAAAAACAA